AUGGAAAGAAGGCCUGCCUACAAGAGCUCUUCAGAAAAUUCAAGAGCUGGAGGAACAGAUGGACAAACUGAAGAAGGAAAGCAGCAAAGGCAGUUUCAGCUUGAUACUCUGGAAGGCUGCAUUGCAGAAGCAAAAGCAGAGAAGCGAGGCACAAACCUGAAAAGGGAGAAUCAAAGAUUGAUAGAAAUAUGUGAAAAUCUGGAGAAAACUAAGCAGAAGAUUUCUCAUGAACUUCAAGUCAAGGAGUCACAGGUGAAUUUUCAGGAAGGACAACUGAAUUCAACCAAAAAGCAAAUAGAAAAACUGGAACAGGAACUUAAAAGGUGUAAAUCUGAACUUGAAAGAGGCCAACAAGCUGCACAGUCUGCAGAUGUCUCUCUGAAUCCGUGCAGUACACCACAAAACGUUUUUACAGCUCCGCUAACACCGAGUUACUAUCAUAGCGGUUCCAAGUAUGAAGAUCUAAAAGAAAAAUAUAAUAAAGAAGUUGAAGAACGAAAAAGAUUAGAGGCAGAGGUUAAAGCCUUGCAGGCUAAAAAAGCAAGCCAGACCAUUCCCCAAGCCACCAUGAAUCACCGAGACAUUGCUCGACACCAGGCUUCCUCGUCUGUGUUCUCAUGGCAACAAGAGAAGACCCCAAGUCGUCUUUCAUCCAAUUCUCAAAAAACUCCAGUUAGGAGAGAUUUCUCUGCAUCUAAGUUUUCCGGGGAACUCGAGGCGACUCCAAGUCGAUCAAUUUUGCAAAGAGGGAAAAGAGAUGCUAAUGGCAGUUUCUGUGAUAAUUCUAGCAGUUCUCCACUUUUGGAUCAACUAAAAGCACAGAAUCAAGAGCUAAGAAGCAACAUUAAUGAGUUGGAACUACGUCUACAAGGACAAGAAAAACAAAUGAAAGGCCAAGUGAAUAUAUUUCAAGAACUCCAACUCCAACUGGAGAAAGCAAAAUUGGAAUUAAUUGAAAAAGAGAAGGUUUUAAACAAAAGUAGGGAUGAAUUAGUGAGAACAACAGCACAAUACGACCAGGCAUCAACCAAGUGUGCUGCAUUGGAACAAAAAUUGAAAAAAUUGACUGAAGAUUUGAGUUGCCAGCGACAAAAUGCAGAAAGUGCCAGAUGUUCCCUGGAACAGAAAAUUAAGGAAAAAGAAAAGGAAUUUCAAGAGGAGCUCUCUCGUCAGCAGCGUUGUUUCCAGACACUGGACCAGGAGAGCACCCAGGUGAAGGCCAGACUCACCCAGGAGCUGCAGCAAGCCAACGUCCUGCAGGCCGAGCUGGAUAAAGUUACAUCAGUAAAGCAACAGCUAGAAAAAACUUUGGAGGAAUUUAAGCAAAAGUUCUGCAGAACUGAACAGGCAUUCCAGGCGAGUCAGAUAAAGGAAAGUGAGCUGAGGAGAAGCAUCGAGGAAAUGAAGAAGGAAAACAGCCUCCUUACGAGUCAGUCUGAGCAAAAGGCCAGAGAAGUCUGCCACCUGGAGGAGGAACUUAAGAAAGUCAAACAGUGUUUAAACCAGAGCCAGAAUUUUGCAGAAGAGAUGAAAGCCAAGAAUACCUCUCAGGAAACCAUGUUAAGAGAUCUUCAAGAAAAAAUAAAUCAGCAAGAAAACUCCUUGACAUUAGAGAAACUGAAGCUCGCCGUAGCUGAUCUAGAAAAGCAGCGAGAUUGUUCUCAAGACCUUUUAAAGAAAAGGGAACAUCACAUUGAACAACUGAACGAUAAGUUAAGCAAGACAGAGAAAGAGUCCAAAGCUUUACUGAAUGCUUUGGAGUUAAAAAAGAAAGAAUAUGAAGAACUGAAAGAAGAGAAAACUCAGUUUUCUUGUUGGAAGAGUGAGAACGAAAAACUUUUAAAUCAGAUGGAAUCAGAGAAGGAAAGCUUGCAGAGUAAAAUUAAUCACUUAGAAACUUGUCUCAAGAUGCAACAAAUAAAAAGUCACGAAUACAAUGAGAGAGUAAGAACCUUGGAGAUGGAAAGAGAAAACCUCAAUGUUGAGAUCAGAAACCUUCACAAUGUGAUAGACAGCAAGUCUGUGGAGGUGGAGACACAGAAACAAGCUUAUAUAGCACUGCAGCAGGAAGCUGAGUUCUCAGAUCAGAAGCAUAAGAAGGAAAUGGAAAAUAUGUGUUUGAAAACUUCUCAGCUUACUGGGCAAGUUGAAGAUCUGGAACACAAGCUUCAGUUGCUAUCAAGCGAAAAAAUGGCCAAAGACCAGUGUUACCGAGACUUGCUUGCUGAAUAUGAGAACCUCAGGGAUCUGCUGAAAUCCAAAGAUUCUUCUCUGGUGCCAAAUGAGGAUCAUCAGAAAAGUCUUUUGCCUUUUGAACAGCAGCCUGCCAUGAAUAAUUCCUUUGCAAAUAUAACUGGAGAACAAGGAAGUGUGCCUUCAGAAAGGAGUGAAUGCCAUUUAGAAGCAGACCGAAGUCCAAAAAAUUCAGCCAUUCUACAAAAUAGAGUUGAUUCACUUGAAUUUUCAUUGCAGUCUCAAAAGCAGAUGAACUCGGAUCUGCAAAAGCAGUGUGAAGAGUUGGUGCAAAUCAGAGGAGAAAUAGAAGAAAAUCUCAUGAAAGCAGAGCAGAUGCAUCAAAGUUUUGUGACUGAAACAAGUCAACGCAUUAGUAAGUUACAAGAAGACACUUCUGCUCAUCAGAAUGUUGUUGCCGAAACUUUAGUUGCCCUUGAGAACAAGGAAAAAGAGUUGCAACUCUUGAAUGAAAAAUUAGAAACUGAGCAAGCAGAGAUUCAAGAAUUAAAAAAGAGCAAUCAUCUACUUGAAGAAUCUCUAAGGGAGCUACAACUUUUAUCUGAAACUCUGAGCUCAGAGAAAAAGGAAAUGAGUUCCAUCAUUUUUCUAAAUAAAAGAGAAAUUGAAGAGCUGACCCAAGAGAAUGAGACUCUCAAGGAAAUAAAUACAACCUUAAGUCAAGAGAAGAUGAACUUACUCCAAAAAAGUGAGAGUUUCUCAAACCGCAUAGAAGAAAGAGAGAAAUGCAUUUCAGAGUUAUCUGAUCAGUACAAGCAAGACAAACUUAUUUUACUACAAAGAUGUGAAGAAGCCAGAAAUGCAUUUGAGGAUCUCAAUGAAAAAUACAAAGCAGCACAAGAAAAGAACUCUCAAUUAGAAUGUUUGCUAAAUGAACGCACAAGUGUUUGUGAAAAUAGAAAAAGUGAGUUGGAACGGCUAAAGGAAACAUUUGCAAAGGAACACCAAGAACUCUUAACAAAAUUAGCGUUUGCUGAAGAAAGAACCCGGAAUCUAAUACUCGAGUUGGGGACAGUGCAGCAAGAUCUGAGAUCUGAGAUUAAAGAUAUCCAAAACAAUUCCAAGAGCGAGGCUGAUGGUUUAAAGCAAGAAAUCAUGGUUUUAAAGGAAGAACAAGAUAAGAUGCAAAUGGAAGUUAAUGACGCAUUACAAGAAAAUGAGCAGCUGAUGAAGUUAACGAAGACUAAGCAUGAAUAUCAAAACCAGGAAUUGGAACCAAUUAGGGACUCUGUGAAAGAAAGAGACAGUGAGUUAAAUAAAUGUAAUUUUCAACUUCAGAUGGAUCUUGACGUUAAAAACGUUUCUCUAGACAGUUAUAAUGCACAAUUGGUGCAAUUAGAAGCUACGAUAAGAACUAUGGAAUCAAAACUUCAGGAAGGCGAGAAGGAGAAGGAGUGCCUGCAGCAUGAAUUACAGACAAUUAGAGCAGAAUUAGAAACUAGAAAUUUGCAAGGCACUCAGUCACAAGAAAUGAGUGACCUUAAAGACUGUGACAUAGAUGCAGAAGAAAAGUACAUUUCAGUGCUUCAUGACUUGUCAACAAGUCAAAAUGACAAUGCACAUCUGCAAUGCUCUCUACAGACAGCAAUGAACAAGCUGAACGAGCUAGAGAAAAUAUGUGACAUACUGAAGGCUGAAAAGUGUGAACUCGAGUCUGAGCUGAAUGAUUCAAGGUCAGAAUGUAUCACAGCAACUAGUAGAAUGGCAGAAGAGGUAGAGAAACUAGUCAAUGAAGUUAAAAUAUUAAACGAUGAAAAUGGUCUUCUCCGUGGUGAGUUAGUGAAAGAAAUGCCAGAAGGCGAAUUUGGUGAACAGCAAAAUGAGCAGCAGUCUGUGUCCUUGAAUCCUUUGGACGACAGUAAUUCCUAUGAGCACUUGACAUUGUCAAACAAAGAAGUUCAAAUGCACUUUGCCGAGUUGCAGGAGAAAUUCUCAUCUUUGCAAAGUGAACACAAAAUUUUACAUGAUCAGCACUGUCAAAUGAGCUCCAAGAUGUCAGAGCUCCAGACUUACAUUGACUCGUUGAAGGCUGAAAAUUCAGUCUUGUCAACUAAUCUGAGAAACUUUCAAGGUGGCCUGGUGAAGGAGACAAAGCUGGACUCUGAGGAGGGGCGGAUUUUGUCACUGUCAUUCUCUUGUGUGCCUGACAGCCCUAGUCUUUCCAGCUUUGGGGACUCCUCUUUCUGCAAAGCUCUUUUAGAACAGGCUGGAGAAAUGUCUCUGUUGAAUAACUUAGAAGGCACAGAAGGGAAUGUUUCAGCAGAUCAGUCUGAUGGAGAUGAACUAUCUUAUAGCAGUCUGGAGGAGGAGAAUCUGACCAAGAAAGAAAUGCCAUCUGCCCCAGUGAGGAGUGUUGAAGAACUUGAGAUCCUCUGUCAGGGGUACUUGCAGUCCCUCAAGAAGCUAGAAGAGAAAAUGGAAAGUCAAGGGAUUAUCAAAAACAAGGAAAUUCAAGAGCUUGAACAGUUAUUAAGUUCUGAAAGGCAAGAGCUCGACUGCCUUAGGAAGCAGUAUUUGUCAGAAAACGAACAGUGGCAGCAGAAACUGACAAGCGUGACCAUGGAGAUGGAGUCCAAGUUGGCGGCAGAAAAGAAACAGACGGAACAGCUAUCACUUGAGCUUGAGGUAGCGAGACUCCAGCUGCAAGGUCUCGACUUAAGUUCUCGGUCUUUGCUUGGCACCGAUUUAGAAGAUGUUAUUCAGAGCCAAAAUGAGAGCCGUGAUGUAAAAGAAUCAGAAGAAUAUCCUUUAGAAACUACAGAGAGAACACCAAAGCAUGACGGUCAUCAGAUUUGUGAUAAAGAUGUUCAGCAGGACCUCAGUCUGGAGUCUGAGAAAAUAACAGAGACAGGUGCAGUCAGACUUCCAGGAGAGUGUUCUAGUGAGCAGUCCCCAGAAACCAGUCAUGGGAUUCCAGGGGAAGACAAAACCCAGGGCCAUUCAGAAUGCAUUUCUGAAUUGUCGUUUUCUGAUCCUAAUACUUUGGUACCCAUGGAUUUUCUGGAGAAUCAGGUAACCAUCCAGAAUCUUCAGCUGCAGGUAGAAAAAACAUCGAAUGAGAAUUUGAGAUUACUUCAUGUGAUAGAGGACCGUGACAGAAAAGUUGAAAGUUUGCUAAAUGACAUUAAAGAGUUAGACUCAAAACUCGAUUCACAGGAAGCACAGCUAACAACCAAAAUGGAAGCCUAUGUAGAAUUGGAAAAAAUAGUUGAGGAACUUAAGAAAGCCAACUCAGAUUUAAGUGAAAAAUUGGCAUCUCUUUCUUGCGAUAACCUGGAAUUACAUCAGAGAGGAGACACUUCUGAAGGCCUCAGUUCUAAUUUAGAAAUGGGCACAGAUACAUCGUCACAUGAAGUUAUUGAAGACAAAGAAGCCGAGGUGAAUGACAACUGGAAAGGGAGAUUUCUGGACGUGGAAAAUGAGCUGCAAAGGAUGAGAUCGGAGAAGGCUGGCAUCGAGCAUCGUGCCCUCUCUCUGGAAGCUGACUUAGAGAUCAUUCAAAGAGACAAGCUAUAUUUAGAAAAAGAUAAUGAAAAUAAGCAGAACAUAAUUGUUGGUCUUGAAGCAGAACUCUCCGCGGUCUCCAGUGAGAGAAACCAGCUUCGUGGAGAAUUAGAUACAGUGUCAAAAGAAAACAAAGAACUGGAUGGCUUGUCUGAAAAGAUGAAGGAGAAAAUACAAGAGCUCGAGGCUCAUCAAGGCGAGUGUCUCCGUCACAUUCAGGUGGUGGAGGCAGAGGUAAAGGACAAAGCAGAGAAAAUUCAGACUUUGUCCUCCGAUGUGAGCCAGCUGUUAAAAGAGAAAGCUCACCUCCAGGAGCAGCUGCAGAGCUUGGAAAAGGACUCACAGGCACUGUCUUUGGUAAAAUGUGAGCUGGAAAUCCAAAUGGGACAACUGAAUGGAGAGAAAGAAUCGCUUUGCAGGGAGUCUGAAAGCCUGCAGGCCAGACUGAGUGAAUUGCAACAGGAAAAGCUGAAUGUCUCCAAGGCCUUGGAGGCUGCACAGAUGGAGAAGGGUGAGUUUGCAGAGAGGCUGAGCUCCACGCAGGAGGAAGUGCAUCAGCUGAGAAGAGGCAUCGAGAAACUGAGAGUCCGUAUGGAGGCCGAUGAAAAGAAGCAGCUCCACGUGGCAGAGAAACUGAAAGAACGAGAGAGGGAGAACGAUUCUCUGAAGGAUAAAGUGGAGAGCCUUGAAAGGGAAUUGCAGAUGGCAGAAGAAAACCAAGAGCUGGUGAUUCUUGAUGCUGAGAAUUCCAAAGCAGAGGUAGAGACCCUAAAGACACAAAUGGAAGAGAUGGCUGAAAGCCUGAAAGUUUUAGCAUCAGACCUUGGCUCGGUAAGGUCUGAAAAAGAAAAUCUGAGAAAAGCACUACAAGAAAAACAAGAUCAAGUGUCGGAAUUAGACAAGCUGCUCUCUUCAUUUAAAACUCUGUUAGAAGAAAAGGAACAGAUCAAAGAAGAAUCUAAGACUGCAGCAGAGUUGCUUCAGAAUCAGUUGAAAGAACUAAAUGAGGAACUUGCAGCUCUGCUUAAUGACCAAGAAACUUGCACGACCAAAGAACAGAGUCUGGACUCACCAACGGAGGAAGUGCAUCAGCUGAGAAAUAGCAUUGAAAAGCUGAAGGCCCGCCUAGAAGCUGAUGGAAAGAAGCAGCUCCAUAUCUUAGAACAACUGAAGGAAAGUGAGCAUCAGGCUGAUUUACUUAAGGGUAUAGCUGAGAACCUUGAAAGAGAGCUAGAGGCAUCAGGGAAAAACCAGGAACGUGUGAUUCUUGAGGCAGAGAAUUCCAAGGCAGAGGCAGAGACCCUAAAAGCAAAAACAGAAAGGAUGGCUCAAAACCUGAGAGAUCUGGAAUUAGAUCUUGUUAAUAUAAGGUCAGAAAAAGAAAAUCUGGCCAAAGAAUUACAAAAUCAGCAAGGGCGAGUGUCUGAAUUAGAAAUGCUGAAUUCUUCGUUUGAAAAUCUACUGCAAGAAAAAGAGCGAGAAAUAGUCCAGAUGAAAGAAGAAUCUAACAGUGCAGUAGAGAUGCUUCAGACACAGUUAAAAGAGCUCAAUGAGAACGUGACAGAGUUGUGUAAUGACCGAGAGACCUGUAAGGCCAAGGAACAGGAUCUAAGCAGUCAAGUCGAUUGUCUUGAACUUGAGAAGGCUCAGUUGGUACAAGGCCUUGAUGAGGCCAAAAAUAAUUACAUUAUUUUGCAAUCUUCUGUGAAUGGCCUCAUUCAAGAGGUAGAAGAUGGCAAACGUGCACUAGAGAAGAAGGACGAAGAAAUCAGUAGACUAAAAAGUCAAAUUCAAGACCAAGAGCAGCUGGCCUCUAGACUGUCCCAGGCGGAAGGAGAGCAGAAGCUUUGGAAGAAGCAAAAAGUAGAAUUGGGAAAUCUGACCGUAGAAUUGGAACAGAAGAUCCAACUGCUGCAAUCUAAAAAUGACACUUUGCAGGAUGCCUUAGCAGCCCUGCAGAAAUCUUACAAGGAUCUAGAGAAUGAGCUCGAAUUGGCAAAAAUGGAGAAAAUGUCCUUUGUUGAAAAAGUAAACACAAUGACUGCCAAGGAGACUGAGCUGCAGCAGAAAAUACAUGAGAUGGUGCAGAAAACAACGGAGCUGAAAGAAGAAUUUGAUGCAGAGAAAAAUAGGCUAACUGAAGAAUUAAAAUUACUGUCAGAAGAAAUAAAGAGCAGCAAAGGUCAAUUGAAGGAUCUCAUGUUAGAAAAUAGUGACUUGAAGAAGAGUUUGGAUUGCAUGCAUGAAGAUCAAGUAGAAAAGGAAAGGAAAGUGAGAGAAGAAGUAGCUGAAUAUCAGCAGCAGCUUCAGGAAGCUGAAAAGAAACACCAGGCUUUGAUGUGGGAUACAAACAAACAGUAUGAAAUAGAAAUCCAGACAUAUCGAGAGAAAUUGACGUCUAAAGAAGAAUGUCUCAGCUCACAGAAGUUGGAGAUGGACCUCUUAAAGUCUAGUAAAGAAGAGCUCAAUAAUUCUUUGAAAGCUACCACUCAGCUUUUAGAAGAAUUGAAGAAAACCAAGAUGGACAGUCUAAAAUAUGUAAAUCAGCUGAAGAAGGAAAAUGAACGUGCCCAGGGGAAAAUAAAGUUGUUGAUCAAAUCCUGUAAACAGCUGGAAGAGGAAAAGGAGCUGUUGCAGAAAGAACUAUCUCACCGUGAAGCUUCACAGGAGAAGCAGAAAACAGAUACUGUCGUGGAUGGUAAGGUAGAUGAAUUAAUGACUGAGAUGAAAGAGCUGAAAGAAGAUCUUGAAUUAAAAACCAAGGAAGCGGACGAAUACUUGGAUAAGUACUGUUCCCUACUAAUAAGCCACGAAAAGUUAGAGAAAGCCAACGAGAUGUUGGAAACACAAGUCGCCCGUCUCUGUUCGCAGCAAUCUAAACAUAACCUCCGAAGUUCUCCUUCGCUAAGUCCAGUUGUUCCAGAACCAUCUCCAGUCCCUUCCGUUCCUGAAAAGAAGUUAUCAUCUGGCCAAAAUAAAGCUUCUGGCAAGAGGCAGAGGUCCAGUGGGAUAUGGGAGAAUGGUGGAGGACAAACACCAUCUACCCCAGAGACUUUUUCUAAAAAAAGUAGGAAAGUGGUGAAAAGUGGUGUUCAAACUGCGGAGGACACAGAAGAUACCGCGUUUGAGCCAGAGGGACUUCCAGAAGUUGUAAAGAAAGGGUUUGCAGACAUCCCAACAGGAAAGACUAGCCCAUACAUCCUGCGGAGAACGACCAUGGCAACUCGGACCAGCCCCCGCCUGGCUGCACAGAAGUUAGCACCGUCCCCACCAAGUCCCGGCAAAGAAAAUCUUGCAGGGUCCUCCAAACCAACAGCUGGUGGCAGCAGAUCACAAAAGGUCAAGGUUGCUCAGCACAGCCCAGCGGAUUCAGGUGCCGCCUUCCGGGAACCCAGCACAAAAUCUCUCUCGGUCCAUAAUCUUCCUGAGAAAAGCCCGGCUGACAGUCCCCGAGAGGGCCUGAGAGCCAAGCGAGGCCAACUCGCCACCAGCCCAGGAGCCGGAGCCGAGCCCAAGGGCAACGAGAACUGCAAGGUGCAGUGAAGAGACCCGUGUGUCAGCACCCCAGGAAUAGUUGAAUAGAUAAUAGUGGGGAGAAAACAAUUCCUUGUAAAUAAAAAUAUAUUGUACUCUUU